UGCAAAUCGGCGUAGUUGAUUAAUUAGUUGAGCAUUUAAAAUGAGCGGUAAGUUGGCUGAAAAAUUCAGUUUUAAACCCAACUUCUUAGCGAAAAGACCUCAAAGGAAAAACCUCUCUCUGAAGGAAAAUCCUUGCGGUGCUCUAAGAAAUUAAUUUUCUCGUGACUUGAUUUUUGCUGACUGCUCGCAAUCAUUCCUAAUCGUUGAUCUUUUUUUAUUAUAACAGUUGUGCUAUUUUAUAGUUCUUUUUUGUGAACUUUUUGACGAGUUUUCUUGGGAAGAUUUCCUUGUUAAUUUAGUGCAAAAAACGACAGACAUUAUGUUUGAGACGAAUAAUCUGAUUAUUGAGGAGGAGGAGUACCCCCAGCCACUCCAUCACAUUGAUACUCCAUUUGAGAGAGCAACCUUCGGCAUGGGCUGCUUUUGGGGCAUUGACAGCCUUUUUGGGGCCACACAGGGUGUCCUGCGUACUCGUGUUGGCUACACAGGUGGUACAACGAGCAAUCCCAUCUACAAAGAUCUAGGGGAUCACACGGAAGUCAUUGAGAUUCACUACGAUCCCAAGAGGAUUACGUACAAUCAAUUGUUGGAGUUGUUCUGGAAUAAUCACGAGUAUGGGUUGUGCACGAAAAUUAAGCGUCAGUACGCCAGUUUGAUUGUCUACCACACGGAUGAGCAGAAGAAGAUUGCCGAGGAGAGUUUGGCGUAUGAACGUGAGCAACGUGCUCCGGAGCAUAUUACAACAGAAAUCCUUCCCUGUGACAUCUUCUAUCCUGCUGAAGAUUAUCAUCAAAAAUAUCGCCUUCAGAGUCACAAAGAGCUGACACAAUCACUUGGGAUGGAUUCAAGACUCCUUCAGACAUCACAUGUGGCUGCCCGACUCAAUGGGUACCUUGUGGGUGUUGGUGGUGUGGCGCAAUACCUGAAAGAAGCUAAAAAUUUGGGUCUCACUCCGGAGCAGCAGGAGUACGCGAGGAAAUUUGUGGAGGAAAAUGAGGGUGGUGGUCUCUUCUGCUGAAAACACCCUAAAAAAAAUGACCGAUUUGGGGGAUCUUAGUUAUAUUAAGUUUAGAGUUUAAAAGCCUGAAUACAUGUAUUGUCCAUGAAUCAUUUUUUUAAUGUUAAAAUUGGAAUUAUUUUUAUUGAAAAUUUUUUAUGAAUUAGAACAGAUAAUAAUUUUCAUGAAAAUAAUACAAAAAAUAAGAAAGAAAAAUUGUAGAAUUUAAGUCAAAUUCCUUGUACACACAAAAAAAAUUAGGAAUACAAUUUAUACAAAGUAUUGUAAAGAAAUAAAUCAAUUUUUUAA